AUGGCCCGCACUCACCUGCGGCAGGAGCAGGCCCCGGGCCGGGGCAGGCGGCGGGGGGUGAGGAGGAACACUCCCCCGUGGCUCUCUGCUGACGACCUCCAGAAGAUGUGGCUGCUGUCCACUGGGCAGGUGGUCUCCAAAACCCGUGUCCCUGCCCACGGGCAAAUCAUGCGAGUGGGGCUGCGAGCCGUGGGGGAUGCCAAGGGGGAUGCCAAGGGGGACGUCUCGCCAGCCAGCCCAGAAGGAGACUGCCAGGAUGGGCGCUGUGGGCUCAUCAAGCGCCCUGGGGACCUGUACGAGGUGCUGGCCUUCCACCUGGACAGGGUGCUGGGGCUGAACCGCAGCCUGCCCGCCGUGGCCCGGCGCUUCACCAGCCGCAUCCUGCCCUACAGCUACACCGACGGCGCCCUGCGCCCCAUCAUCUGGUGGGACCCUGACCUCCAGCACCUGGAGGAUGCCAACAACGACCAGAACUCGUGUGCCCUGGGAUGGCUGCAGUACCAGGAGAUGCUGCAGCCCCACAGACCGGUGCUGGUGGCCAGGGACACUCCCUGCUCCAGCAUCCCACCCAGCGAGUGGAGCCGCCUGGCUCUCUUUGACUUUCUGCUCCAGGUUCAUGACCGCCUGGACCGCUACUGCUGUGGGUUUCAGCCUGAUCCCUCUGAGCCCUGCGUGGAGGAGAUGCUUCACGAGAAGUGCCGGAAUCCAGCAGAGCUGGUCCUGGUCCACAUCCUGGUCCGGAGGAGUGCGCCGUCCCGCCUGGUGUUCAUUGACAAUGCGGGCAGGCCACAGCACCCUGAGGAGAAGCUCAACUUCAGGCUCCUGCAAGGCAUAGACAGCUUCCCAGCGGCAGUGGUGGCCACGCUGCGGUCGGGCAGGUUGCAGAGCCUGCUGCUGGAGUCCCUGCGCCUGGACCGGGAGCUCUGGGAGAGCCAGGGUGGCGCCGAGGGGUUGAGACCGCUGCUCCAGACCAUUGACAGGCGGGCACAAAUCCUGCUCCGCCACAUCCAAGAGCACAACCUGACGGUGUUUGAGGACUCGCUGCGCUGA